AUUCCGUUUACUUGCAGUGCUGUCCUCUGUGUAUUUGUCUGAACGCGCGAUGAUGAAGAGACAAAGAUGUUGGUGUUGAUUUUUACAAGGUGGUAAUACUAAACAUUGGCUCAGGAUUUAGUGACUUAGUAUCGAAGAAGAAAAUGAAUAAGGCUCACUUCAUUCUCCACGAUGGCGCUUGGGAGCGUGCGCAAUGCCCGUUGGAGACGGAAACGCCCGGACGCGCCAGCAUCGUCAUCUCAGCGAGCACUACUCAGUUUCGCCGCUGCGCAAAGCAUCUUCGCCAAUUCGUUCCGGCAAGUGUCGGCGAUCUUCGCGUAAUCGACUUCGGGUCUGCGCAUGGCCACUCCACUGCGGCGUUGGCUAAGCAGGUGAAAGCGUGGACAGACGAGGAGAACGUUGGCAAGAAACCUCCCUAUUGUGGUAGUCGUGACAAAAAUGCCUCCACCUCUUCUGGUACUUCUUGUAGACACGGUAGUGUAGUCGGGCUGGAACUGGCAACAGACUUCGUGCGUCAAGCUCGCGAGAAGUACCCGGACAUCAGGUUCGAACGCGUCGACGUGCUAGAAGAUCAGGCUUUUGUGCGCAGGCUGAUCUUCGAAGAUCACGCACGUGCUGAUGGGCCGAUUAGCGAUGCUGUUGGAGCUGCAGAAGCAAAGGGAAGCCAAGAAGCAUGGGCAGGUUGCGAUGGAGUAGAUGUACACUCUGGCACGAUGAGGCAUUGCAAUGAAAGUGCAUCAACUAGUGGAGCCUGCUUUCCAGUGGCGUUCGUUGACAUAAGUGGCACCAGAGAACUUAAAGCACUGUGCAGUCUACUUGAAUUCCUGGUCGCGGAUUGCGGCGUAACUCGAAUUUUCGUGAAGUCGCAGAAAAUGUACAGUGAAUUGAAGAAUCUGCUGCAGUCUUCACAUGUGGAAAAUACCACCGAGGUUACUCUUAGUUCUAAAGUGCCAGAUGCGCAUGAAACAAGCGUAGCAGGUGCAACGCUGUCCAAAGCGACAAACGCGACAAAUACUAAUGUAUCAGCUUCGUAUUACUGGCAAGGGUUUUUAGACGCAGCAGCAAAGGAAGACGUUCUUGGCCGCAGUAAGUUUCGAAGAAAUGGCGAGAUAAUCGUUGAUCGGUAUCCUCUUAAACGCCCGGCACGCUAUGCAGAGCAGAAGGCGUCUGCGCCUUGUUCUGAAAAUGCGACCUCAACAGAAGCUGGAGAUGAGGCGAAGAAUGCGCUUAUGGAGGGUCGGAAAGUUGAGAUUUGCCGGUUUCACAACUAUGACUUCGAGGUUGGUUGCAAGAGGCGAGCGCUAGGUCGCUGCCUGUUUGACCAUGAGCACUGCCACUGGUGUGGGCAGCGAGGGCAUCGUGCUGUUGAAUGCGCAGAUUUCAUAGCAGCCAGUAAUUUAGCUAGGAGUGAUUGCAUUUCUAGGGCUCCAGGCGAUAACGGAAUACCGAGCAGCGACGGGACGUCGUCCACUGUCAGCCCCGUCGCGUCAUCGUCAACUGCAAGCCCGGCAUCGACCAUGGGGGAGAGUCGUGGGGUUGGAGAUGAUAUUCAGCCUUCGGACGAUCUAAGAAAUACUUCAUCUGCCUCAUCACCGGCCUUGGCUAAGCGCCGGCGAAUGAUGGAGGAAAAAUCUACUUGUGUGGAGCAAGGUGAAAGUGUCGCUACUUCCGCUAGCUCUACUAGUAAAGCUGCAAAGGAGCGGUUCCUCUUCGUUGUGGGUGGAAGAUUGCGUGGAAGGACAUUGCAAGAAUGUGAGGUUUUGGCAUUAGACCAGCCUGAGUCCACCUGGCAGACUGCUCCAAGCCUUGUGCAUCAUCGUGGCAGCCACGGCGCAUGUCUCCUAGCGGAUGGCAAGACCAUUCUCGCCGCCGGUGGGGGAGGCGUCGAUGGAAACCUCGACUCUGCUGAGGUUUUAGAUGCUGGCUCCUGGCUGCUUGGGCUCUCCCGUUCGGGAGAAAAUCAGAAGGUAUCAAAUUUCUCUAUUCUCCGACAGAGUGCUGGCUUGGGUGAUGCGGCUCGACUAUCAACGCCGCGGCACGCCAUGGGGUGCGUUACAGUGGGAACAAGAUGUUAUGCCGUGGGGGGCUGGCAAUACGGCACAGUUUCGUGUGGUGCGCUCGAGCGAUUGGAGAACUAUGAUGCCACAGAGCCAGGUGCAGGUGGUUCGGCGAAAGCCUCAGAUCACAUGAAAGCGAAAAAAUCGAAAGGAGAUACUGAUACUGCAUUACAUUGGUCCCUGUGUGCGCCACUGCCUACCCCCAGACGAUUAGCAGGUUUCUGUGGUGCUGCAGGGAAAAUAUUUGUCUUUGGCGGUUUUGUCGAUGAGAGGCGAAAGACGGACAAAGUCGAGUGCUACGACACCGAAACAAACGCAUGGACUGAGCGGCGGCCGCUGCCAUGUGGAAGUGUGUGCGUGGCGGCUGUAAGCAUCAAUAGAGGCGACGAUGGGAGUGCUGAUGGUGAGAGGAUCUAUAUCUUCCCGUUCGGAAGUGGGGCUGUGUAUGUGUACGACACAGUUUUGGAUGCGUACAGCACUCUGCGCGAAAGUAGCACCGCAGGAAAAGACCCAAAAGGACAGGAAUUAUCUUGUAGUUCACGACUAGAAUCAGCCUCGACAAAGGAUGAAGUGGUGCUUCCUCUUCCAGAUUGGCACUGUUUUUCCGCCUGUGCAGCUGGAAAGCAGGAGAUUGCAGUGUGCGGCGGAGCGACGGAGGGACGAUGGACGGGUGCAACUUUUUUGCUCAAUGUGUCAACUGGGAAGUGGACAUGCUUAGCAGAUAUGCAACAGGCGCGACGGCGCGCUGCUUCUGUGGUCGUCACAGUGUGAAUGUUGCAGCUAGAAGAGGUGAAAGUUGCUUGCCGCCGGCUUUUUCCUCUCCAUGGUAGUCCACAAAAUCGCACUUUAACGAUUCACCUUUCUGCUUGGCGCGUUGUAAAACUGCAUCGCGAUCGGAGUCGAGGGAUGAAGUAGCCCAAUGCGAUUUUUCACAACGUUUUUUUCCACCCGACAAGCAGUGAUAGAUUUAACAAUCUGGCAACCCAAAUCACUUUUUUAGUACGCUGCAUUGGAU